AUGAUCACAAUUCAAGCGAAAUUGGGAGAAGGUGCAUUUGGAGAAGUUGCUGCCGGAACCAUGAAUUUCAAAAGAAGAGGGAAGACUGUGAAAGUGGCUGUGAAACAGUUCUACGGAGUAGCUGUGAUGCAAGAACCUCUCUAUCUUGUCAUGGAACUGGUAUCAAACGGAGCUUUGGACAGUUAUCUGAAAAAGAAUGAAGAUCUUUCAAUGGAAAAAAGGGUCGAAAUGCUUCUCCAAGUAGCUUGGGGUUUGGAAUAUAUUCACGGAAAACCAAUGCUUCAUCGAGAUAUUGCUGCUCGGAAUUGUCUUUAUGGUGAUGGAAAAAUAUGCUUACAAAAAACGGACAUUUGGUCAUACGGAAUUCUCUGCUGGGAAGUCUUUAACAAUGGAGCAGAACCGUAUCCUGGAAUGACUCCUGCUGAUGUGGCUCAACAAGUUUCCAGUGGCUACCGUAUGCCUCCACAUCCCCUAGCACCAUUUGAAGUUCAAACUUUAACAACAAGAUUCUGUGCUGAAAACCCAAACGACCGUCCGACGGCUCCAGAAGUUGCGCAAAUAUUGCAACGUGUCACCGGAGUUCAUCGUCCGAAUUUUUCAGCGAUCGCUAAGAAGGAAGCGGAGGAGCUACUUCUUAUGAACACAGCCACAAUGAAAAAUUAUUCACACAGGCGAAAAGGGACUCAACGGAAACCAUGCGUUCCAAAAGGAAUGUGA